GUUACAGGCCCAUCUAUGUUGAUUUACUGAUUGCUAAAAUCAACAUGAAUGCUGUGAAACAUAAUUCAUUUUAUUUGUAAAUGUCAAGUUGAUUUAGGUAAUACAACAGCUAGUAUGGACUCCAGUGGUUUACUCUCAUUGAAGUGGAAUAAUCACUCGAGCACCUUUACUGGUGUGCUGUCUCAUCUUAGGAUUAAUAAUCUGUACACUGACGCAACUCUGGCAUGUGAAGGGAAAGUCUUCUCAGUUCACAAGCUGGUCCUGUCAACCUGCAGUGAAUAUUUCCAGAAGAUAUUUGAGGAGACUGACUGUCGGAGACCUGUUAUUGUUCUAAAAGACAUCAAGCACACAGAAUUGGAUGCUCUUCUUAACUAUAUGUACUUAGGUGAAGUAAAUGUUCUUCAAAAAGAUCUUUCAGGGUUGAUAAAAGCCGCUGAGUGUCUGCAAGUUAAAGGUCUUGCAGUUGCAGAUGAUGUCCCUUCACCGCCACACAGAACUAACAAUUCAACACAUUUCAAAAAAUCAACAAAGAGGCUAACAUCAACCAGUUCUGAUCAAGAAAAGUCUAAGAGAUCACGAAGAGAACCUGAACAAAUAUCAGAUGAAAAUGAGCACACUCAAAGUUCAACAAGUAGAGGGAAGUUCAAUGCAGCAAAUGAACUUCACAGGGAAUCUCGUCAAUUGUGCAAGGCAAACUCAAAACCUUCUGAUGAUCAAAGAGCUUUGAAGGGAACUAGUCAAGAGAUAAUAUUAGAUGAAGAGAUCAAGAGUGAAGCAUUCUCUCCAAAACUGGAAGAUGUUGAUGAUUAUGAAGCUAAUCCAUCAUUUGAUGAGGCUGCUCAAGUGUCAUCUGCUGCAUCAAGCAUUCAGAGUUCCAUGCAGCAUCACAGGCCUUCAGCAGAUAGUGUAGCACAUGAAGAUGAGGGCACUGCCAAUUCUGAGCCAAAAAACAGCAAUUCCAUCCAGCAAGACUUCUCGAGUGACGAUAUUCUGGAAACGCUCCCCUCGGAAACUGACUCCACCGCUCCUGGACCUCCCCCGUGUCUCGGCACACAGCCUAGCUCUCCAGCGACGUCGUGGCAUUGCAACUGGCAAAAAGAGAAGAACUCGGGCGAUAAAACCCGUGGUUUUGUAAACGACGAGGGAUUCAAACAGCCAAUGAACGCUAACGAUGAUUUCCCAGAAGUUAUUGACUCGUCCGUACCUGCGGAAAGUUCGAGUGGUUCGUUGUCUUGGCUCGAACAAAGCGUGAGUUGCCGUAAAGAAACAAACUACGUAGCGAGUUUGAAUCAGCUCCUCAGCUCUACGAAUCUUCAAUAUCAUGGGCCCAAUGACAAUAACUCUUUUAAGGCCCGUGCUCACGAUGACCGUCUCACGUCAUCGUCUUCCAGGAAUAGGAAUUCCGCCUCUUCAAGCUGCUCGUAUUUAUCGGACGGUAUUUCAACUUCAUCGACGUCGUUUUUUGAGAAGCUUCCAUCGUCGCAGCAGGGCUGUCUAGAAGAUUUUGAUGUUUCGUACGACGUAGGAUCUUACGUUUGUACGAUAUGCAGUAAAUCUUUCGUCCAGCGAUGUCUCCUCAAGCGCCACAUGAAGAUCCACGAUGUCAGCGAGAAGUGUAAGUGUCAUUUCUGUCCUUUUGAGACCACCUUCAAGUUCAACCUCAAGUCCCACAUGGCACGCAAACAUCAACAUUUUUGCGAUUCUUCGUGUCAGUUAAGCACCAUCGGAUAAUACUCGUAUCGUGUCAGUUAAACAUCACCAGAUAGUAUCGAGUAAGUUAGACUUGAACAGAUGAUAGCGUGUUAGUUAGACUCCACCUAAGUACUCCAACAAUAUGCGGUGUACCUAAUGUUAUAAAUAGAUCAUCGCUCGCAACAAGCAUCUGCUGUAUAAUGACCACAAAGACGUAGUCUGCUCAUCGUGUUCUGCCAUUGUCUCCAGUUGUCGUCGCAGCUGCUCUACUUCCGACGGUGAGCUUGGAGUGUCACCUCUCAAAGGCGAUGGAGGCCGCUCGUAUUCUAAAUCCUGCCAGUAUAUCAUAAGAUAUUCUUCGUAUUUAGUUCAGGGAGCUAAUAACCGAUCCUGUUAAUUGUCUUCAAUCGGGAGAUCUGCAAUGUUCUGUAAACUUCUUGCAGCAUAAUGUACUUAUUAUGUCUUGUUUUUAAAUGUGUUAAUGGUUUUUUUCCACUACGGACCUCGUUGUCAUCUGUGAAAAAAUUAGGGAGUCUGAUGAAUGAUCCACUCAAUCGUGAUGGUGGAAGAUAUACUCAGUAUGCUUGUUGAUAGAUGAUCAUGUGCAACAAGCUUGCCAUGCCAAUAUUAGAUCUGUUUCUUGCGUCCGACGGCGUUUUGUGUUGUAAGUUAAUGGGUUUUCUUGCACAUUGUCUGCUAUUAACGUUUCACUAUAAGUUGAUAUUAAAAAAACGUCCAUCGUAUGCUCUAAUGAUUAUUUUUGUUAAAAUAAUGUUUAAGUUCAAUUAUAUUGCCAGCAAAAUCAUCAGAGGCUUAGUUAAACACAACCCACUGUGUGUCUCAGUUCUGGGUUACAGUUCUAAUGUAGGCAGGAUUCUUGCUCUUCUCUUGUCGAUCACCGUGAAAAAAAUAGUAUAGUAAAAGUAUCACCGUGAGUGAAUAGUAUACAAAUAUUAAGGAGCAGUUGAAGAAUUAAAGACAGUUCUCUAUUGCUGUUUACAUGCUCUGUUGAAUUAUCUAGCGCUGUCUUCUCUUAUUUUGCGCAAAAAUGUUGAAUAUUUAUGAUACUGCUGUAUUAUUAUUUGUAGGAGCAUUUCAAACAUUCAUUUUGUAGUGCAAUCUGUGCCGCUUUAGUGCAAUUACGCAUCGUGUGUCAUCGCACGACGAGAAGCCGAGUAAUAUUUUGAAUUGUAUCGUGCAAUACAUACCUAGCUGUCUCAUCGCGGCGUCAGUACCGCAUUCUAAUUUCGAGAAGCACAGUUUUCGAGCCGGACUCUUUCAAUGCUUUACAUUUCCUUGACAUCUAGGUUGUGCUGGAGACGUUUAAACUGCUAUUUAUUUAUCAUACUUGUUGCUAAUAAGGUGCAUAUGCGUAUGACCACUCAGUCUAUACAUCGUCAGUAUUAUGCUUGUUCUUUGAAAUAGGAAUUAUUCAUUUUCUAAUCUGUCGAUAGUUUUUCUUGAUGCUGUAUAUGUAGAAUAAAAAUAAUAGCUUUUUUGAUGUGCAAGAGUUUGGUCUAUAAAUAAUACUCUAUGUCAAUAUUUAUCUUUGUUUCUACAAAAAUUGCAAUCAAAUAGCCUAAUCGUCCGUUGUUGAUAGUAAAUGCCAAAAAUAUGUUUGACUCCCCAUGACAUGGGUCUGAACUUCACCGUUUGUUCUCGGUUCUAACUAAAAAAAUAAAUUUGAAAUUCGUCUAAUUAAAGAAUAUACUGUAAAAGGAUUGGCGUUUUUCAUUCUCUGUACAGUGCGUUUACUGUAUUUUUUUCAAGUCUUAUGUAGUAGUUAGGGGCAUCAGUUUUGGAACAGUGAUUUGCUAGUUCGAGCCUCAGCUAGCUGCUGUGAAAUUUCUGUGCCUUCUGGUAUCGAUUAAAGGUCAGACUUGGCGCAAUCUUCAACCCUGAAACUAUUUUAUUAUGCUAUUCUUAUGUCUCUACAGUUUCAUUUUAUUCAAAAAUUUUAAUGUUUAUGAAAGAGUCUAUAGAAGAAAAUGCAGUGAAAGGGUUUUC